AUGGCUACUGUUUGUGUAUCUAAGAACAGCAUAGCUCUACUUACCCUGAUGUGCAUUUGUGUCAUCAUCCAAAAAUCAGAAGCACGGCCUCCGUGGCUUUCUCCUAGCAGUGGUGUUUUCACCGAGUCGGCAGAGUGUCAUACAGACGACGAACUUCUUGACUUAUGCCAGAGGUGUGCGAAGUUAACCAAAUCCCGUCUCGCGUAUCCUGCUUGUUGCUCCACAGAUCUUCAAGCUAGGAAGUGGUGUUCGGAUUACGUAUAUUUUGGCCGUGAUAAAUACGAUUUUUACCUAAUU